AUGGAAGAUAGUGAAAUUGUUCGUAGAUCAGUUCAAGAAUUACAUGAUAUAGAUGCAUCAACAGAUUUAAAUGAAUGUUUAACUUGUAAAACAAGAUUACAAGUUGGUAAAUUUUUAUCAUUAACAAGACCAGACUUAGUACCACAAGUUUUUUCUACAUGGUGUGUAGAAAGUGGUCACGAUGAAACUCAAUGUCAUAUGAAUUAUGGUUACCCAAAUGAUGAAGUUAGUGCUACUGGUUCUGAUUUUACAAAAGUUGUUGGAUUAAUGAACCCUUCAGGAAUAGAUGGUGAUUAUUUUUGUUAUUAUCAUGAUUCGAAAUGUCAUAUUUUACCAGAAACUCCAAUUAUAGAUAUGGACAAGAUGUGGCCAACAAAACCAAGGAAUUAUUUACCACCUGAUAAUUGUGGAGAAAACUUUCAUGUUUUACAUAUAAGUGAUAUUAAUUUACAAUUAGAUUAUGAAAUUUUUGCUGAAUCAAAUUGUACACAAAGUUUAUGUUGUUCUUCAAAUAGUAGAAACUUAAAUUGUAAAGCUCCACCAUUUAAUGAAAAUGUAUUUGAUGGAUAUUAUGAUUCAAGUUACAAGAAAAACCACUUCGAAAAAGGUAAGUACUUAGAUUUAACCAAAAAGUUAAAAACUCCAACUUGGUCACCUGCUAAACAAUUUGGUGAAUAUUCAUGUGAUACACCAACAUUAUUAUUAAAUUCAACUAUGCAAUGUAUUAGAGAUUUACAUCAAAAUCAUUUAAGUUUUGAAUUUGCAAUUUUUACCGGUGGUACAGUUGAUAGUAGUGAUAGAAGUUUUAUGAAUAAGCAAAAAAAUGUUAAAUCACAAGAAACUAGUUACAAAAUUUUGAAACAUUAUCUUGAUGAUUGUGAUGUUAUUCCUACUUUUGGUACAAGAGAUGUAUUUCCUGUAAAUCAAUUACCACAAAAAAACAUUAGUGGGUCCAAUAAUUAUCAAUGGCAAUUUGAUUUAGUAGCUGAUCUUUGUUUGGAAAUUUUAAUUAAUGAAUUAAUAGAUUCAGAAAGAAAUCAUCAAAGAUGUUGGAUUAUUGCUCAUUUACCACCAAAUCAUCAAUCAUUAGCAUUACCAACAAAAGUAUUUUUAAAAAUCAUUGCAAGAUUUUCUCCAAAAGUUAUUGCUGCAAUAUUUUUUGGUAAUAUUCAUGAUGAUUCUUUUAUUAUUCAAUAUGAAGGUGAUGGUACAGAUGAUAAGACAUUAGAAAAUGCAAUGAAUCAUGCAUUAAUUGGUCCAUCAAUAUCUCCAUAUACUGGUGUUAAUCCUGCAUGGAGAUAUUACUCAGUUGAUAAAGAAAGUUUUACAAUAACAAAUUCUUUUACAUAUUAUACAAAAUUAACUGAUUGUACAACUAAUGAUGGAGCUGAACCAAAUUGGGAUUAUGCUUAUUCAGCAAGAGAUGUUUAUGAUCCAGAACAAUUAUGGCCACAAGAUUGGGGGUUAACUACUGAAUUUUGGCAUCAUGUUGGAGAAAGAAUUAAUAAUUGUCCUGAAAUAAAUUUAUUAUAUCAAAGAUUAGAAACAAGAUGGUCACCUUAUUCAUUUAUAAAUAAUGAUUCUUAUUGUAAAGUUACAAGUUUUUCAAUGGAUUCAAAAAAGAAAUGUAUGAUUACUGAUGAUCAAGAUGAUUAUAUUGAACCAAUGAUUCCAAAUGAUUAUAUUCCUUUAAUUCAUGUAAAAGAUAAAUCAGUAGAUUAUAUUCAAGUAGAAAAACCAGUAGAAAAAAAUUGUGAUAAUAAAGAUGAUGAUGAACCAGGUAAUGAAUUUGAUGAUGAAAUUGCAAAAAAUCAUUUCGAAUGGAAAUUACAAGAUAUUAAUCAAAAUGAUACUUCUGAAAUUGUUGUUCCAUUCCCUAAAAAGCAAAAAGGUAAAGCAAUUCAUUUGAAUCGUAAAAUUAACUUUGCUAACCAAAGAAUAGCUCAAUUUAAUUAA